AUGCUAGNNGGACUAGUUACCAAUGGUGCAAAGGUUUACAUCGUUGCUCUGCCAUCUGAGCCGAUUCAGGAGAAGGUAGCAGAGCUCAACGAGAUCGGGCGGAUCUCAGGUGGUUCAGCGCAUGGAUUGCCUUGCGACCUCAAGGACAAAGACGCAAUCGCCAAACUAGCAGCAACCAUUAGCUCUCGAGAAACUCACAUCGACGCCUUGAUAUCAAACGCUGGUAUAAGGCGAGAUCCUCAGAUACCUUGUAAUGUUCUCUCGGCGCCGCUGUCCGAAUUGCAAACAUCAAUGUGGUCGUCACGGCACUUUGAUUGGGCUGAGACAUUCUGUGUCAAUACAACAGCCCAUUACUUUUUGUCCGUCGCACUCUUGCCACUGCUCGCUGCAGCUUCACAGCUCGACUUGGGCAAUGGUUGUCUUGGUAGGGAAGCCGGCCGUGGUGCUAUUGUGUUGACGAGCUCUUGCGCCAGUAUGCACAACGCAACUAACGUAGACUUGACAAGCUAUGCAACGAGCAAAGCUGCCACCGACCAUCUCGUCAAGUUGCUAGCUGCCAAAUUCAGUCGGUUCUACGUUCGAGUGGUUGGCAUCAACCCUGGAUUCUUACCAAGUAACAUGAACCCUAUAGGUGAAGCUGGUAACAUGUUCAGCUCACUGUUUGACCGAGUUCCUGCCAAACGAGCCGGGAAUGAGGAAGACAUCGCUGCGAGCGUCAUCUACCUCAUCAGUCGAGCCGGAGUACGCCAUGUUCGACGGCUUGGAAUGAAGCAACUCUUCAGACAGGUAUAUGACGCUAACGAUCGUACAGNNGCAUACAUCGACGGUAUUUCUGUCUGCAUUGACGGUGGUCGAGUUCUCGUCGCGAACGGCCAGGAGUGA